ACAUGAAUUCGGUAUAGCAUUCGCUUGUUAAACUACUUGAAGAGGACGCACGUAAAGCCGAUGUCUAUAGGAAGGGACGUCGCGGGUUUUUGGGUGCACACUCGGGUGGAUUCAAUACGCGUGAUCGGCACCGGCUGCAGCCGCUGCUGCAGUGAGAUCACAAAGGGUGAUGCAGUUUAGCUGUUGGAGACACGCUUCUGAUCAAAGUGUCUCUGCGAGUGUCUGCACAUACACACACACACACACACACGCGCACGCACGCACACAUCGCAGCCGCACGAGCGUUCGCCAGCACCUGCGGAGCACCGCCGCUGCCUCCUGCCUUCAGCGCUCUCGGCAUCACAGACACGGGGCGGCUAAGCGGCUAAGCAGGAGCCGAGCUUCAGACGAGGGGGACCGGGGUGCUGCUAGACUAGACCCGCCGACCACUCUAACGCCUUGUCCCGCAACUGCACCCUUCAAAAGCGCCCAGAACAGCCAACGGUGCCUGAUAGACGGUCCAGGACGGCGGCAUCGGCAGCCAGAAAAAACAGGGCCCCUAAUAUUUCAGGAAUCUGGACAGCAUGGAGGAGCCAGAGGGGGAUAACCUUUCAGACACAGCCCACUUGAUCUCGCAUCUCCCUGACUAUUCCAUCGACGAGCAAUGCCCACCACUGGAACGUCGAUCUACUCUGUCUUGCCUGUUGUGGUCCACUGCUGUUGCCACUAUCAACAUUUUUGUCUUCAUUGUCAACUUUACCCUGUUGGUGGUUGUCUUUGGUCUGGUCCUCCUGCCCACCAUAGUGAUCAUCUACUUUGGGUUUAAGUGCCACUCAAGGGUCCUGCACUCCAAUGCAUCUUACUGCCAGCACCUGCUGGACGACAACUCUUCUUCAGCCCUCAUAAUUUUGGGGUUUGUAAUCAUGUCUCCUCUUAUCGUCGUUGCCAUGGCAAUCUACUGUGGGCUGUCUCGCAGGCUCCGCCUCUUUCUGCUCUUCCAGCCAUUCAAACGUGCAAAAUACCAGGGGCUUCAAUGGAAGGGCAUACAUGGAGCUGGGCACGGUUGGUGCUGCAGUGAGGACUCAUUCAAAGCUUGGGUUUAGUGGGCUGCCAUCUCAUCCACAACCAUUUGAGCUUAAUCAAAACCACCGACAUGUAUCCAGUUCCAUGGCAUUGCUCAUUCAAUUGGCAGUGUGCCCUCUAAGUGUAAUUAAUUGACAUCACUGGCUGAUUUUCUUCAUUUUUGCUGUGGGGUUAGUAGGGUUGGGGAGUGGGAGCUGGGUUCCACAUUGUCCCUGAGUGAAUGGACGAGCAAAGCUGAUUACUUCAGAAAUGUGUGGGUGCUGACAUACCUCAAGAUUUUGGGAUUGUUAAUUAAAAUGAGCUUUGUGUGUUGCACUUCGUGGCUCUUUCCAUGUAGAAAUCCUUAAAAUGAGUGGCCAGAUCCACCAACAGCAGGGUUUUAUGACCAGUAAAGAGGGAGGCUGUGCCAUGCUUUUAUAGUCCUUUCCCUGGGGUCUCUUGUCUGUAUCAUAUGGUAGAUACUUAACAUGUUCAGUGGACUCCAUCUCCCUAAGGUCUCAUAAAACAAUGGGUAUUUUUGGCAAUCAGAUUUGGUGUUUAUCUUU